AUGGCAAAUGCUAAUAAUGCCUCUUUAACGAUCAUGACAGGUGACGAGGAGUUGGACAGACAAACUGAAUCAUUACUUAUAAAAGUUCAAAAGACAAUUGAUGAUCUUGAUAGUAGCUUUGAAGAAAUAGAAGGUUUAGUAAAAACAUUACACGAACAACCAUUAAGUCAACUAGCUUCAGCUAUGGAACCAAUUCAACGUGCAAGGUUAUACACAUUAUAUGGAUAUACAAUAAAUACAUUAACUAACAAAGAACAAUUGGCACGGAUAGAAGAUGCUUCUGUAAAAAUUACAAACACAGUUGAUCCACCAAAACCAACAUUGACUAUUGAUCGUGUAGCAGCUUCAAGAUUUAUAAAAAAUGCCGUUUCAAAGCAAAAUAAAAAAGACGAAAGAAAAAAAAGAUGUACGUAA